AUGACGGACACGGACGAGGACGACGGGUCCUCAACAUCUUCUCUCGACGUCCCAUCCGGCGUUCCAGGGCUAGAGGGCGUCAGAUACCUGCAUAACCUCUUCCCAGAGGAGUUCCUCGCAGAGCUUGACGAGAUUCGCGAUGGCUUGACGGGCUCGAUGGCGUCGUCGAACAUGUACGCCAACAGGAGGUUCCUCAGGUCCAACGAACUCGCGCGCAAGGUGCUGAGCUAUCUGCCGAAAGAGCUUGGAUACACGCACGUGCUCAGCGACAUGAGGUUCAUAGAGUACCCUCCCGGGGGUCACAUACUCCCUCAUGUGGAUGGGGUCAGGAGGGACGAAGAGACUUCCGGCGCAGAGUCCACCACCUCGUUCUUGCUGUUCACCGAGGAGAUUCCCGAGGGCGAGGGAGGCGAGACGGAGUUCUUGGAAAGCGUAGACGACGAUGCAAAGGUACUUUUCGGGGCACGACCCAAUCGGGGAAGCAUCCUGCUCUUUCCUCACGGCGUGGCGCACAGAGGGAACUGCGUCGGGUGCUGGCCGAAGGUGCUGCUGCGAGGAGACCUGUACUGA